AUGUCUGCUGCCGCCGUAGCUUCGGCCCCGGGGCUCCCUCGGACCCAGCGCGCCAUCCUGGCCGGCGACAAAGGCGAGUGGGUCGUCAGCCAGCACGCCCCCGUCCCCGAGCUCGAGGCCGACAACAUCAUCAUCAAUACCGUCGCUGUCGCCCUCAACCCCGUCGACACCAAGAUGGUCGGCCCAUUCGUCGCAGAGGGCGCCAUGUUCGGCUUCGACUGCGCCGGCUACGUCGCCGCCAUCGGCUCUGACGUCGCCUCUGCCCGUCCCGGCCUCAAGGUCGGCGACAGGGUCUGCGGCUGUGCUGACGGCAUGAACAAGUUCCGCCCAAGGGCUGGUGCUUUUGGCGAGUACGUGGUCCUGGACGGGGACAUGGCGCUCAAAAUCCCCGAGAGCAUGGGGUUCGAGGAGGCUGCCGGCAUGGGAAUGAGGAUCGCUACCGCAGGCAUGGCCCUGUUCUGGAGCUUGGGGAUACCCACCGAGUGGCUUCUCAAGGCGGCCGGUGAGCAGAUGCCCGUGCUGGUGUACGGUGGCAGUACGAGCACGGGCACCAUGGCCAUCCAACUCCUCAAGCUCUGCAACGUCAGAGUCAUAACAACCUGCUCUCCGCGCAACUUCGACCUCGUCCGCUCCUACGGCGCCGACGCCGUCUUCGACUACAGCUCGCCCACCUGCGGCGCCGACAUCCGCGCCCACACGGCCAACGCCCUCGACUACGCUCUCGACUGCAUCACGGAGGAGAGCUCCAUGAAAAUCUGCUACCAGGCCCUCGGCCGCUGCGGCGGCAAGUACACCGCCCUCGACCCCCACCCGGAGUCCAAGCGCAAGGUCGUCGAGCCCGACUGGAUCCUGGCCAGCAUGCUCGGCGGCAAGCCCUGCUCGUGGCCCGCCCCCUACGGCAACGAGGGGGACCAGCGCGUCAAGGACUUUGCCAAGCCCUUCUUCGAGACCAUCCAGAAGCUUUUCGACGAGGGCAGGCUUACGCCCCACCCGACCAAGGUGAGCCCCGGUGGGUUCGAGGGGCUCGCUGAUGAGGGCGUUACCGCUAUCCGGAAGGGCCAGAUCAGCGGCCAGAAGCUGGUCUACCGUCUGGACGGGGCUGUCCGCGAGUAG